AUGGGGCGAAGAGCUGUUUGUAAGCUGCUGACCUGCCUUCCCAUUUUCAUGAACUACAGACUAGCGACAAACGUACUGAAAGACGCGCAAAACACCCUUUCUCUAGCUAUAAAUGCACACCAAGUGACGGACGCAAACGAAAUGGAACAGCAUUUUAAUAUCACCAGAGAUGCAUUGACAAAGUACGGAGAAAUCACGUCUGUCAUUAUCGUGAGUUUGGAGACAGUCCAGCUAUUUUUGAAGCAGCUGGAGAAAUCAGAGCUGGAGAGUCAACAGCUGCUGCACAUUUUCCUCUGGCACGACUGGCCUCGUAAAUCCAAGCUUUUUCAGGCCCAAAACGAAGCGGUCCGAAUUGCAAUUUACUCCUCCUACUCAAACUCCAAAGUGUUUAAAUUGUUUUCGACUCAUUCGUACGCCAAGAAUCCAACAAAAUUGUAUUUAAUUAACGCGUGGAGCGAGGAGGAAGGCUUCUCGAAUUUUCCGGUUUUCCUCAAUAGGAAGGAGGUUUUUAAAAAUAUGAAAGGGAGAGUGCUUCGUGUUCCUGUGCUGCAUAAGCCUCCUUGGUACUUUGUCAAGAAAGAAGGAAAUGUAUCUUUAGAGGUGAUUGGCGGCCGCGACUUUCAACUGCUCAAAGAAAUCGCCGCCAGAAUGAAUUUCAAGUACCAGUAUUUGGACCCGGCAGAAAAGUCGCAAGGAAUCCCAACCGGCAGUGGCAAGGCGGGAAAAGGGGUGCUUAGCCUGCUACAAAAGAGGCGAGUGGACUUGUUCGUCGGGGACGCGACAAUCACGUACGAGAGGACUUUAGAUUUGGAUUUUUCCUUCUUCACGACGGCCGACAGUGUUUCCUUCAUCACCCACGCGCCACGACCCCUCAGCGAGGCUUGGGCUUUGGUGCGGCCCUUUCACUGGCAGGUUUGGUUGGCUGUAUGGAUUUCAAUUGCCGUGACCGGACCAGCUUUGUAUUUGAUUUCGAAAAACACGAGUCUCGGAAACUGCAUUUGGGCCACCACUGCAAUUCUCCUGAAGCAAAGCAUUCGAGAGGUUGGAAGGUCAAAUAAAACCAGGUUUGUUACCAUCCUGAUCUCCAUCACUGCCACCUACGUAAUUGGAGACCUCUACUGCGCCAAUUUGACGUCGCUUUUGGCAAAGCCUGGCAGAGAGCGGCCGCUGCAGACGCUGUCGGAGUUGGCGAAUGCGGUGGAGGACGAGCGCGUGUUGUGCCUGGUCGAAGAGCGCAGCUCCGGCGGCGAGUUUCUCAAGAACGGAACGCGCGAGGCGCAGCGAUUGUGGCGGCUGAUGAAGCAGCAGAGCCAGUGGAUGGUGCCCAGCGUCGAGAGAGGGGUGGCUCUCGUCAGGGCCGGCAGGGGACGCGCCCUCAUCGCCGGCAGGGAGACCCUUCUCUUCGAGAUGCAACGAUUUGGUCAGAGAAAUUUCCAUUUGGGUGACUCUUUGAGCACCCAGUACUCCGCGAUUGCGCUUCAACGGGGCUGUCCAUUUUUAGAAAAUAUUAACAUGAUUCUAAUGUCGUUGUUUGAGGCGGGAAUCCUGGACCGGAUGACGGCCAUCGAGUACUCGAGACUGGGGACGAGCCAAAACGAAGGCAAGGAGAGAGUUGAUUCGGUCGAGCAGAACGAACUCGAGGUGAUGCAAGCGAAACCAAUGUCUUUGAAAAUGCUGCAAGGAGCCUUUUUUGUCCUCUUCUCUGGCUACCUACUAGGAGGUAUUUUUAUUUUAUUUUUUCUUCAUCAAAAUGUUGGAAAAAAUAUACUGUAA